AGCCCAGGGCUGUCCCCAAAGGCAUCCAGUCCUAGCCGGGACCAGGCAAGCUCACACCUCAGACAGUCCCCCCAGUGCACAUCUACAUGGAAGGAAAGUGAGACUGAGAAAGUGUGUUGUUUCCUAGGGACGCUGUGGAACACUGAUGGGUGAGGAGGUCCAUGCAGAAGAAGGGGACAGCUGAUUAGAGGACACAGUACUAAGUGACUGGAGUGGCUGCUCAGAGACAGGCUUUCAAACUUUGAAACUGAGCAGAGUCAACAGAAAGUGGUCUCUGUAGUGAAGAUUAGCGUGAACAACUCUCCACUUGAUUGAAGGAACAUAAAGAUUUCAGCUUUUCCUUGUGAGUGAAUGCACACGGUGAAGCCAGGGUCAGGCAGGAAAUCCAUCCCUCGCUGCAGAAGGAUUAACAGGAUGUUGUCCAAUGAGUCCCUGCACGCUCCGGCCUUCAACCGCUCCAACUCUCAAGCCUCCAUCGACAGCGCAUCCGUGGAGGAUUUCUGGCGGGAAAUAGAAAGCAUCAAUGAGAGCAGCAUUGGGGUGCAGAGGGAGCAGCCCCCCGCGGAGGCCAAGCCGCUGGCCGAAGGUGAGCUGGAGGCAGAAUGGCUCCAGGACGUGGGGCUGUCCACGCUGCUGUCCGGGGAGGAAGAAGAAGACGGCAAGGCCCUGCUCUCCACACUGACGCGAACGCAGGCGGCCGCAGUGCAGAAGAGGUACCACACCUACACGCAGACGCUGCGCAGGAAGAGCAAGCCUUCCGUGAGGGACGUCAGGGACGUCUUCAGGGUCAGUGAGGCUCCGCCGGAUGCUUCUUGUGACAACCAUACUACACAGAUAGCUGGUACCCUGGAAGAAAAGCAGCUGCCAGAAGUCAUCAAAGCAAGGGACCCAGUGCUGCAGGAGGCAACUCUCAACAGUCCUACCCUGAGCAAUGGGUCCCAGGAGGAGCAAGGGAGCUUCACAGAGCCUGAGCAUGGCUCCGUGCCCUUGCUCGAGGCCAUCCCGGAUGCACCGGUCCACUCCAACGGCGCCGCCGAGUCCGGACAGAUGGUUCCGCGCGCACUGAGUGAUGCUGACUAUCUGGAAAAGGACAUUCCAACAGAGGCUGAAGAGCUGUCCUUUGAAGUGUCAUACUCGGAGAUGGUUACAGAGGCCCCAAAAAGAAAUAAACUGAAGAAGUCAGAAAUUAAGAAAGAAGACUAUGCUUUAACUAAAUUUACCAUUCAGAAGACCAGAUUUGGGCACACGGAAGCAGGAGACCUGUCAGCUGAAGACAUGAAGAAGAUCCGCCAUCUCUCUCUGAUCGAGUUGACCGCCUUUUUUGAUGCCUUUGGGAUUCAACUGAAAAGAAACAAAACAGAGAAAGUGAAAGGACGAGACAACGGGAUCUUCGGAGUUCCACUUACCGUGCUCCUAGACAAUGACCACAAGAAGGACCCUGCGGUGAAAGUCCCCCUUGUACUGCAGAAAUUUUUUGAGAAAGUCGAGGAGUCAGGCCUGGAAUCUGAAGGCAUUUUUCGGCUCUCGGGAUGCACUGCCAAAGUCAAGCAAUACCGUGAAGAGCUGGAUGCCAAGUUCAACACCGAUAAGUUUAAAUGGGACAAAAUGUGCCACAGAGAAGCUGCGGUGAUGUUGAAGGCAUUCUUCCGAGAACUGCCCGCCUCUCUCUUUCCCGUGGAGUACAUACCUGCCUUCGUCGCUCUGAUGGAAGGUGGGUCCCACGUCAGAGUGCAGCUGCAAGCCCUGCACCUCAUGGUCAUGGCGCUGCCAGAUGCCAACAGGGACACAGCCCAGGCCCUCAUGACGUUCUUCAACAAAGUGAUUGCCAACGAAUCCAAAAACCGCAUGAGCGUGUGGAACAUCUCCACGGUGAUGGCGCCCAACCUCUUCUUCAGCAGGGGCAAGCACUCGGACUGUGAGGAGCUGCUCCUGGCCAGCACCGCGGCCCACAUCCUCCGCCUCAUGCUCAAGUACCAGAAGAUCCUGUGGAAGGUUCCAUCUUUCCUCAUUGCUCAAGUCCGCAGGAUGAACGAGGCCACAAUGCUGCUGAAGAAGCAGCUCCCGAGUGUGAAGAAACUGCUGAGGAGGAAGACCAUGGAGAGGGAGGUUACAAGCCCCAAGGCCUCAAAGGUACUACAAAAAUCGUCCUCCACAAGAAGAAUGUCUGACGUGCCGGACGGAGUCAUAAGGGUCCACGCUCCGCUUUUCUCCAAGGUGUCCAUGGCCAUUCAGCUGAACAGCCACACCAGAGCCAAAGACAUCCUCGCUAAGUUCCAGUUUGAGAACAGUCAUGGUUCAUCAGAACGUAUUAAGAUUCAGAACCAAAGGUUAUAUGAAGUUGGAGGAAAUAUAGGACAGCAUUGCCUGGAUCCAGAUGCAUAUGUAUUGGAUGUAUAUCGUGUGAAUCCUCAUGCAGAAUGGGUGAUUAAGCCACAACCAAGCCCUUGAAAGACCCCCAAGGGGCUGUUUCUGCAUGUUGUCACCUGAGAAGCUCUUACUUGUGGUGGGGAGAGCAAGAUUGCCUGGACGUGCCUGUCCCUGUGCCUGUCCCUGCCGCCCUUGUCCCGAGGGCUCUCCAGCUUUGUCACUGUGAACUAUGGAGAAGAGGCUUCAGCACUCCAGCCAAACUUUCUCCACAUUUCUUUGAUAAAGGAAGAAGACGGGCCCCUUCCAGAAGGCAGGCACCGUGGCCUGUGGAGCUCCGUCAUUUCUCGUGUCUGAUUCUGCAGCAGACAUGAGCGUGACCUGGGGACAAGUGGCGCCUCCUUCUGGAGCCAGUGCUACCAACGAGAGAGAGAGACUCUGUUCGGGUUUUUUUCAGUACUUAUGUUAUAUGCAUAUAUUGACUUUUUUUGGUAAGAGUGCCAGAAACAGCCUUAAUUUCUCCCCUAUAAGAUUCUCCACAUCUGUUUUCCAAAGGGAAUCAGUUUCUAAAGUGAAACAGACACUGUUUAUGCCCGGCAUGACUCCUGGAUUGGAGGAGGAACUUCCUUCUAAAGAAAACUGUCACUCCAAAUGUCACGCCGAGUGACGGCUGUCAUCAGUGUACAGAGAGCGUUUCUGUGUGCCCGAGUAUCAAAGUGAUGUUUUGUGGCUUGGCGCCUUUUGAGGACACUGCCCACGGAGCAUCGGUGCGGCACAGCAUCCAGCCCUCCUGGGCCCUGCGCUCCCAGUCGCAGCCCCUGCCUCCCUCCGCAGCCCUGCUCAGGGAGAACCCGCCCUGUGCCAGGCGAUUUCCUUCUGCAAUCACACACACUUGGUGGUUUUUGCUGUUUUUCACAUUUCAUGAUUGUAGGGAGUGAUUUCUUCCUGCAGCCCCACCUGAAAACACAGAAUUGCUUUUACUUGAGAGUGCUAAAAAAUACCCUUCCCUCCAGGUUUCACAAGCUCUCCAUACAGAGGUUGCUUUUGUUCAUUAACUGUGGACAUGGCCGAGGCCUGAGGAGGAACAGCAGGCAGCGGGUGGGGUCAGGUGCGCACUGGGAAGCCGCAGU